UUUUGGUCUUUUUUUUUUUUUUUUUGAUAAAUAAAAACAUAAGGUAAUGAAAGAAGCAACACGCUGUCUGUGGGAAUCAAACCCAUGAUAUGCAAUUCGGCCAUUAAGCAAGUUAAUGAGAAAGUGGUUGAAGCUCGGUUGAAAUUGGGGGUGAAGAACCAAAUUAAGAGUUGUAGAAUGCUAAGAGCAUAUGAGGGUUCCAAUUGUUUGUUUUCAUUACUAGUUAGCUAAAACAUUCAUUACCAGUCGUUAUUCCUUCUUGAAAGCACCAUUUCAUUCCUUGAAGGUGGAAGCUAGCUCACUUAGAAACCACAACCCUGAUGAGAAGAGGCCUCCUACAAUCUCGUUGUCCUCUCUCUGUACCCCAUCUCCAUCAUCCUCCACCUCUACUUCCAUACAAAAAUGGUGGGCCAUCCCAAACCCCCUCAAAAUUCAGUCCCACAUCAUCUUUUAGCUCAAAUCUUAGGUGGAUCUUCACCACCACCACUUCUCUUCCUCCACCAGAAUGGGUGGAACCCUUCAAUGAUGUUUCUGACAUAGUCUCAACCCGCCAACACCUCAACCCAUCUCCUUGGGUUGCUCAAAUUCUCAAUCUCCUUGAUGGGUCUUUGGCCAUGGAGGCAAACUUAGGCUCUUAUUGCCAUGACUUCUUGAUCAGAUUGUCCCCUAACUUUGUUUCAUUUGUUUUGCAGUCUAAUAAGCUUCGUGAAAAGCCUGAUAUUGCUUUGCGGUUUUUUUCUUGGGCUGGUAAGCAAAAGAGUUAUGCCCAUAGUAUUGAAUGCUAUGUGUCUUUGGUUGAGGUUUUGUCUUUAUGUGGUGAUGUAGAUAGGAUUCUGUGUGUUUUAAAGGAGUUUAAGGAAAUGGGUUUUGUAAUGACAGUGUCAGCGGCUAAUUCUUUGAUUAAGAGCUUAGGGAGUGUAGGAAUGGUUGAGGAUUUGUUGUGGGUGUGGCGCAGGAUGAAGGAGAAUGGAAUUGAGCCAGGUUUGUAUACGUAUAAUUUCCUGGUGAAUGGGUUGGUGAAUUCAGUGUUUAUUGAGUCGGCGGAACAGGUUCUUGAGGUAAUGGAAGGAGGGAAAAUAGGACCAGAUGUUGUGACGUAUAAUACAAUGAUUAAAGGGUAUUGUAAGGUAGGGAAGAAGAAGAAAGCGAUGGAGAAGUUAAGGGAUAUGGAGGUGAGGAAUGUGGAGCCUGAUAAGAUUACUUAUAUGACUUUGAUGCAAGCGUGUUAUUCGGAUGGGGAUUUUGACUCUUGUUUGGGUCUUUAUCAUGAAAUGGAAGAGAAUGGGUUGGAAAUUCCGCGACAUGCUUAUAGUUUGGUGAUUGGUGGGCUUUGUAAGGAUGGGAAGUGUGCAGAAGGAUAUGCUGUGUUUGAAAGUAUGAUUCAGAAGGGUUCUAAAGCAAAUGUGGCAAUUUAUACAGCCCUGAUUGAUUCCUAUGCAAAAAGUGGGAACAUAGAACAGGCAAUAUGGCUUUUUCAAAGGAUGAAGAAUGAUGGGUUCGAACCCGAUGAGGUUACUUAUGGGGUUAUUAUCAAUGGCUUGUGUAAGAGUGGGAGAGUAGAGGAAGCCAUGGAGUAUUUUGAGGUUUGUAGAGGUGAUGGGGUGGUGGUUAAUGCUAUGUUUUAUUCUAGUUUAAUUGAUGGUCUUGGAAAGGCUGGGAGAGUGGAUGAAGCUGAAAGGCUAUUUGAAGAAAUGAUUGAGAAGGGAUGCCCACGGGAUUCAUAUUGCUACAAUGCCCUUAUUGAUGCCCUAGCUAAGUUUGGGAAAGUCGAUGAAGCAUUAUCGCUCUUUAAGAGGAUGGAAGAGGAAGGUUGUGAUCAGACGGUUUAUACAUACACAAUACUUAUUGGUGGACUGUUCAAUGAGCAUAGAAAUGAAGAGGCAUUGAAGAUGUGGGACAUGAUGAUUGAUAAGGGUAUUACACCAACCGUAGCUUCUUUCAGGGCUCUUUCAAUUGGCCUGUGUCUUUCAGGCAAGAUAGCUAGGGCUUGCAAGAUAUUAGAUGAGCUAGCUCCAAUGGGAAUUAUCCCUGAGACAGCAUUUGAGGAUAUGAUCAAUGUACUGUGCAAAGCUGGCCGCAUCAAGGAGGCCUGCAAGUUGGCUGAUGGGAUUGUUGAUAGAGGUAGAGAAAUACCAGGGAAAGUUCGUACUAUUUUAAUCACUGCCUUGCGAAAAGCAGGCAAUGCAGACUUAGCCAUGAAGUUGAUGCAUAGUAAGAUUGGAAUUGGUUAUGAUAGGAUGGGAAGCAUCAAAAGGCGAGUGAAGUUUCGAAUUCUAUUUGACAAUUGAGCCAUCAGUCAGAUUUUUGGCCUUGUAAUUUUAAGCAGCUUGUUUUGGCUAUGUAACUGAAAAUUGGCAUCAAAUUGUUUACCAUGUAUAGAUGUGGACCUGUUGCUGAUGCUCCAGUCCAUCCUCAAACUUUUCUUCAGCUGCUUGGUACUUCCAUGUGGUUAUGUUGAAUAUAAGUCGUAUCUUUGGGUCAGCAUGCCAGACCUGGACAGCAGGACUCUAUCAAGACUUUUGGAAGUCAUUUGAGAUUUUCAAGUUCUGUAAAAAGUGGUGUUCACUAGUUACUCCACUCUAGACCACAUAGAACGACUGGCAUGUUAAAACUUGCAACCUUGUAAUUCUGGAGGGGGAAAAAAAUAUUAAAGUACUCAAAUUUUGCACUUA